AUGAAUGAGAGUGGAUUGGGAAUCUAUGGAACUAGUUAUAAAACUAUGAAUUAGACAACAAGAGAGAAUACUAUUUAGGAUCAUUUAUUUUUCUAAACUUCUUAUCAAAAAUAAAAAUCUGUUAGAAUCAAAACUAAAACAAUGAAUGAAUCUAUGUAUAAAGGAUUGCGAAUAGGUACAACAACACUUCAAUCUCAUAGAUCAAGAUAUUCAUCUACUUAAUAGGAAUCAAGAUAAUAAAGUUCUACAGCCUAUUAAUCAUAAGAGUAUAAAGGAUGUAAAAAUUAUAAAUGUCUAAAAAUGAUAUCUGAUUUAUAGGAUACUUAAGAUUAACAUUUAUAAAUAAUUAAAACAUUAACUUAGGAGAUUGAGAAAUUAAAGAGAGAAAUAUAAUAAAAUAAUAAAAUGAUAAUUAAUGAAGAUAAAUUAAAAGAAAGAUUGAUAUCAGCAACUAGUAGAGUCUAGGUUUAGAAAUCUUUAGGUUUGUUUGGAUAGAGUUUAGAUAGUAAUUAAAUUUUAAAUGUUUCUAAAACUGAUUCUAUUGUUAUGAAUAGAACAAUUUCAUAAUUUCACAAAGGAGAAAAUAUAAAUAUAUCAUAACUUUUGAAUUACUCAAAUUCUGAAUAGGAAAUGAUAAAGUUAUUGGAUAUAUACCAUAAAUCUUAAAUCUAAAAUUAUUCCUAUCAUUCUUAUAAGGACAAUCAAAAUUAAGUACCAUAUAUUAAAUGUGAUAAGUGCAACCUUAUCAAAAAUUUACACAUUGUGCGUUUAGAAUGUAAACAUCAAUAUCACUUAAAUUGUUUAAUUGAACAUAUUAGGUCUUAAUUAUCUAAAUAAUAGGACAAUUUCAAUUUAAUUGGAACUCUUUAGUGUCAUUGCAAUGCUAAAAUAAAUUUAAAUUUCAUUAAAAUAAUUUAUCAACCAGAGUUCUUUAUUAUUUAUUAAAUUAUUUCUAACUUUUAGCUAUUUCAAUUAGCUAAGAAUUAUUACUUAUCCAAUAAUUAAAGCUAAAAGUAGAAUGUUUGUAAGUGUAUCAAAGAACAUUGUUAUUUUAUCAUCAUAACUGAUGAGGAUAAGAUCUCAUAUUGUCCAUUAUGUUGUGAAUUCAAUUUAUUUGUGUAAAUUAAAUUUAUUUGA